UUUUCAUCGGUAAGGAUUUCAUUUGACCGUUACUAAUUUUGCCUUGGAUAUUGUACACGGAUGAUUGAUCUAAAAUGGAUGGUGUAAAAUGAACUGUCGUUAUUGUUUGUAAUAAAAGAUUUAAAGACAAACUGGAAAUGACCUAUGCUUCGCUGAAGGCGGUUUUAACUGUGUUAACUUUCACAAUUUACUGCAUUUCCUGCCAACGACCACAAUCUGCUGACACAUGGGUUUUGCUCAACAAAGACCGUUAUGUAUUGGUCUACACAUUGACGCUACGACGAACGCCUGAUGUGUCAUGGUGGAGGAAGUCUAUAAAAUCGGGUAGCCAAUACGAGCUAUUGAAACAUCCAGCGAUGGAUAACUUUCACGAAUCUGUGACACGUGGCGUCGUCGAAACUGAAAGUGGCUGGCCAUUUGACGUCAGAUUAGAAAUUUCAAACAUCAAUAGCAGCAUGUUUGGGGAAUAUAAAGUUGAAGUCAAUGGAAAUUCCACACUGACACGAUGUUUCACCGUCAACGAAAUGAUUGAUAAAACACUGGAUGACUUAAGUGAAAAACAGGCUGCUUCAGAUGAAGAAGACCGGUUCGACUUUUCUAAAAGUCAGGUUUACAUAGCGGUGGGCUUGGCAGUAGGAAUACUGAUGGUCGUGGCGCUCAUAUCAGUUGUUAUAGUCAUCAGGAUAAAGACGACAAAAAGACGUCGGUCAGAAUCACGUGGAGACAUACCAUCGGAUAACAAUAGCGGGGGAAUAUCCAUAUCUUCACAUCACUACACUGACGUUCAUUCUACCACCGGUUACGAAGGUUUGGGUGAAAAAAUAGAUAAUCACGAGUAUAUGACGACACGCAUUAACACUAAAGCUAAUAGCGGAGCAUACAAUGAUUCAGUUGUACACAAUAAUGUGGCACCAAAGACGAAAACUGGGAAGAAAACCACGGGCGCAUUUGCCAAUACCACAUACGGUGAAGCGAAUCUAAUUAUUACAUCUGGUAUAAAUCCUACAAGUUUGCUAAAAUCUGUCCCAAAAUUAACGUACAAAAAGAAACAAAAUAAAGGAAGGCGAUUUUCCGACUCUACUUCAGAUAGAGAGGAUUCAUGUACAUACGAAAAUGUAAUUAAAAAGACACCUGUCGGUCACAACUAUGAAAACUGCAACCACUUAAAACGAACAAAAUCGGCACAAUAAUGGACUGUCAAGGAUUGGAUGUGUUGUAUCAUAUGUUACCAUUGACGUUUGAAAGAUUUGCGGUAUGAACGUUUUCGCCUUCUGAGAAGAAUAUUUUUCUCAAAUCUUACUGAAAUUGUUGUAAAUGAUAAUAGUUUUUAAUAAGAUAGUGUUCACUCAUAUUGUACACCAGCUCAUUUUUCUCGUUAAUAAUUGCCAUUUCGGUGAAAAUUCCGGUGUGACAAUAUGCAAAAGUAUAACACAAUACUCUUGAUUUUAAGCUGAUGUUUCUAACACUAUUGAAACAUAGACGUAAUAUCUUUAUACGAUAAUGCUGUCCCAGAUAAAAAUGUAUUCUUUUGGUUACGAUUCGUUUUGAUUUAUUUAUUGGUCACACUAACAGCUGUUAACAAUUAAAAAGAUAUUUCGCUUUCCUAAAAUGUCAUGUGAUACCCUACGCUAUUCAAGGUUAUUUUGUCACAGGAUCAGGUACUUGUUGUUGAUAGUCUGACGGGGUGAUCAUCGGCAUUGUAAAAUAUCGUUUUAUUUAUUUAUUUAUCUAUCUAACUAUCCAUUUAUUUUUUUACAUUUACUACGGUCUUUUUAUUUCAUUUUAGCCAUUAGUAGAACUUCGUUUCGCUGUUGUUACGUUUUCACAUUAAAAUAGACCUUAUAUUUAUAUAGGUUGGUAAUAUACGUCUACGCCUCGUGACACGUAAUGCACAUGUUCUGGAUUAAAAGAGAAUUCAUUAUAUAUUUUGGUCAACUUUAUGCUUUUCUGUUGUCUUUUUUGUUGCCUUUAAAGAGCUCUUACUGUAUUUUCAGUCGUUGACUUUAUUUGAUGUAGGGUGUCUUAAAUUGCCUCGAGAUUUCAUCAUUGUGCGGGAGCGAUGCCGGAUAAUUGGUCAUGAUAAUUUCUCCUUUUUCACUGAGUCAUACUAUAUUUCCGCGUAUUAAUAUUAUUCAAAUCAUUAAAUUGCCAGACAAGGAUUGUUAAGUACAGUGGGUUCAGUAGCUUGUUUAAUUGUACGUGUAUUUGUGGUGGUUUUCUGUUAAAACAACGAUGCUAUUGGUAUAUAUUUUGUCUAUAUUUCAUCGAGUCGGUACUUCUUAGGUGCCUCUGGAUUAAGCCCAUCAUCCGUUGUCGUCAUAUGACCUCGCUGUUUAAACCACAAACAAGCACUUAUCUGUUUAUUCACCAAUUGUCCUAGCGCUGAAUUUUAUUGUAUAUGAAAUUGUAUCUGACAGCUUGUUUUGAAAUUCCUUACCGUAUCAAAUACAGAGUCUAAAUACUUUUGUGUUUAAUAAUCUAGAUGACAAAUUAUAAGUUGUAUCAAGAUGAAAUGAUGAGAAGUAUAAAUUUUAUGUAUCAUGUAAUAAGGAGUUGUUUUACAUUAUGUAGUUCUAUGUUAGUAUGCGUUUGAUAUAUUUAUGCUAGAUAUCGUUUCGGUAAUAAACAAACAUAAGAAUGAAUAUAAAUAAAUAAUUUAAAACUUUAUUACCCAUUCAACUCCAAAAUGCACCAUAUAUACAAACAAAUGAACUGUGGUUGAUACAAUGUAGAAAGAGAUGUUUAACGUUAUACUAAAUCACACACGUACCAUCAAGUACUCACUUACGUGAAUUACACAGACAUCCCCUUAACUACACACACACACACACACACACACACACACAUAUAUAUAUAGAUACAUGUGUAGGUUCACUCAUACAUUCUCUCCAAUCGC